AUGGCUUCCACUACUGCACUACCCUGGGCGCCGGGGCACAGUGGUAUCCCUGAGGUCAUCUCGGGGUCUAAAUCGUCCAUUUUAAGCCCUCCCCUGGAACUUCCCACCCCCGAUGUGGAAAGAGUCUGGCCCGGGAAUAAACCCGAGUACAAAGGGGAGGCAAUGCAUACCAUCCCGGAAGAGUGUGAGAGACUCUUCUGUGACAAACUGUUCGCGACAUUCCUUGGUGAGGGGACUGAUGCGAGACAGGAGUCACUGGGGAUGGGUGCGUUUCAAGACUCACAGCCAAUUCAAAUUGGACCGGGUCAUAAUAUCCAGAGAUGGAUCGAGGUGUGGGACUACACCGGUGAUACCAUCUAUCGUGGAUUUGUGGCAGACCAACACGGAGAGCGAACCCUUUUUGUCUUCUUCGAAGAAGGUGCACUCAGCCACGGCCUCAAAUCAGGGUUAAUCGCUCUUUUUGAACUUGCGGGAACUGAGGCUUUUGACUGCUCCCAGAUCGUCACCUGUGUGAGGCGCUCACAGCAUACAAAUGAAAUGGAGCUCGUUCGAAGCCUUGGAUGGUGUGGAUUUAACUUGACCACCCUGAAUCCGUGGGAUAUCAGUGGGGAACCAAGUCCAUCCUUGAGCGAGAAGUGGCUUUUCUUGAUCGCCGAAGCCUAG